AUGUCCUCUGAAAAGCAUUUCAAGAGAAGAAAGAAAGAACAGGAAGAUUGUGAAUCUUCGGAAAAUGAGUCUGAGAGAGGAAACACACGGGAUGGUGACCAGACUAUUGCAAUAUCUCUUGCAAAGCAGAUGUAUCAAGAUUCUUGGGUUGGACUUAUUCGGCGUCAUGGAACAGUAAAACUUCCAAAGAAACCGUGGAUGAAGACACGCUGCAUGAAAUUGAACAGCGAGCGGGCACGAGUUAGUGUCUUUGGAGGUAGCUACAAUCUACCCACCGUCAUGAUGUGUGGCAGCAACAUGCCUCCCAAACAAAGAAAAUUGGAUGCAGUUGACUCAAUUUGCAGAACUCGAGACUGUAUUAUUCCCAACCAUCAUCGCUGGCUCCCCAAAAGAGAGAAACUUUCCAGGGAGUGCUGUGGCAACAAAUUAAUGUGCUGUACUUGUCAUAUUGAAAUUCCACUCCCAUGCUCUCAUGAUCCUCCAUGCCAAUGGAGUGUUGCAUCCAAUCAAAGCUGUAGCAGCUGCGAUGGGGCUUAUGGCACCAGAAAUGAGACUUUUGGAUCUGCCAUUUCAUCAUCAACCAAUGCAAAAAUCCAUCAGGCUACUGGUGAUGCUGUGGUUACCAUUGCACCAGCAAGGGACACCAAGAGAAAAUAUGUGGAACAGCAGGGAGAAGAAUCACCUUCCAGGAAAACCAUGAAAAAUACCGACAAUGCUUACCAGCAGUCUAGAUCCUUCAAGAACACCAAAACCAAGGACAAGAGUGUUGCUGAUAUCCUGUCCCAUUUGGACAACCAGCAUCAUGUGGAGAAGGGCUUCCAUGAAGCUUGGGUUAGGGUUGUCAGACAACAUGGAACAAUAGAGUUACCCAGGAAAUCAUGGAUGAAGACCCAUUGCAUGAAAUUGAACCACAACAUUAAAAAGACUGAUGUGCUCAGACAUGGGAAUAGCUUUCCUCUUUCCAGUGUCAUGAUGCAUGGAACCAACAUGCCACCCAAACAAAAUGAACAGGAUGCAAUUGUCUCAAUCUGUCAAACUCCAAACUGUGUCAUUGCUGGUCACCACAGCUGGAUGUCCAAAGUGGAGAAAUGGACCAGGGCUUCUUGUGGUGCCAGCUUGAUGUGCCCAACAUGUCACAUUGAGAUCUCAUUCCCAUGUUCCCAUAACCCACCUUGCAAGUGGAGACUAGUUUCCAAAGAAGAGUGUGUUGGCUGCAACAACAAAGAAGAGAAAUGA